CUUAACCGACGCCCUUUGCACAGCUCAGACCCUGACGGACCGUUGGGGUCUACCCGAAUAAAAAGUUCCAGCCAAAAUCGCCGGUUCCACUCUCUUUCUCCACCACCGACACUCCUUCACUUGGCUUCGAUUUCGGAUUUCAACUCAAUUGAGAUAGAUUAGUUGAUCACGAGAUAAUGCCGAUUUGUCUUUCUCCUUAAAGAUGCGGACCUGUGAUGUAGCUGGACUAUGAUUCUUGAAACCAGAUAAACAAUUUGUAGAGUUUUCUGUAACACGUUUAGUGGCAUAGGAAAAAGGCAACAAUCCAAUAUCAAGAUGAAGGCACUUAUUCUUGUUGGUGGUUUUGGAACCCGGCUGAGGCCAUUGACCCUCAGUGUACCUAAGCCACUUGUUGAGUUUGCUAACAAACCUAUGAUCCUGCAUCAGAUAGAGGCGCUUAAGGCAAUUGGAGUGACUGAAGUCGUUUUGGCUAUUAAUUAUCAACCAGAGGUGAUGUUGAAUUUCUUGAAGGAGUUUGAGGAAAAGCUUGGGAUCAAAAUCACAUGCUCCCAAGAGACAGAACCACUUGGCACUGCUGGUCCUCUGGCUCUAGCUAGGGAUAAACUGAUUGAUAAUUCUGGUGAGCCAUUUUUCGUUCUUAACAGUGAUGUUAUCAGUGAGUACCCACUCAAAGAAAUGAUUGAAUUCCACAAAUCCCAUGGAGGCGAGGCAUCCAUUAUGGUAACUAAGGUGGAUGAGCCAUCAAAGUAUGGUGUGGUUGUCAUGGAAGAAAAGACGGGGAAAGUCGAGAGAUUUGUAGAAAAGCCAAAAUUAUUCGUUGGUAACAAAAUCAAUGCGGGAAUUUAUCUAUUGAAUCCUGCUGUUCUUGAUCGAAUUGAAUUGAGGCCCACCUCGAUUGAGAAAGAGGUAUUCCCGAAAAUUGCUGCAGAUAAUAAACUAUUUGCAAUGGUUCUACCUGGGUUUUGGAUGGACAUUGGACAGCCAAGGGAUUAUAUUACUGGCCUGAGACUGUAUCUAGAUUCAUUACGAAAGAGAUAUUCUACUAAAUUGGCAAGUGGCCCUAACAUUGUAGGAAAUGUUUUGGUUGAUGAGACUGCCAAAAUUGGUGAGGGAUGUUUGAUAGGACCUGAUGUUGCAAUAGGUCCUGGUUGUGUUGUUGAGGCUGGAGUUAGGCUCUCACGUUGUACGGUGAUGCGUGGAGUGCGUAUCAAAAAGCAUGCCUGUGUUGCAGGCAGUAUUAUCGGCUGGCACUCAACUGUUGGGCAAUGGGCUCGUGUAGAAAACAUGACUAUCCUCGGAGAAGAUGUUCACGUGGGCGAUGAAAUUUACAGUAAUGGUGGUGUGGUUCUUCCCCACAAAGAGAUCAAAUCUAGCAUUUUGAAACCAGAGAUAGUGAUGUGAGGUUUGAGUAGUUGUUGUUAAGAAAUGUACGAGUAUGCUUUUAGGCAGUGAUAAAUUAUCAUGCUGAAUUUGUUUGCUCAUUUCCUUCCCUUCCUUUUCGACACAAAUGUAAAACAAUUGUGGGCGUGUAAGUUUUAGUGGUGUGUUUGCUUAUUUCCUUCCUUUCCGACACAAAUGUGGAACUUGUAACAUUUAAUUUGUAUAGAAAUAAAUUAUCAGUUGUUUUUUCUGAAUAA